AUGGCUUCCAGGCAAGCAGCAGGAGCCCGCCCGGGCGCAAGAUUUGCUCAGUUCAAGCUCGUCCUUCUUGGAGAGUCCGCUGUCGGAAAGAGUUCACUAGUCCUCAGAUUCGUUAAAGACCAAUUCGAUGAUUAUCGCGAGUCGACGAUCGGAGCCGCCUUCCUGACACAGACCAUCUCCCUCGAUGAUACCACCACAGUCAAGUUCGAAAUCUGGGAUACCGCUGGCCAGGAGCGAUAUAAGUCAUUGGCUCCGAUGUACUAUCGCAAUGCCAAUUGCGCUGUGGUUGUCUAUGACAUCACUCAAGCUUCGUCGCUUGAUAAAGCUAAGUCAUGGGUGAAGGAGCUCCAGCGCCAAGCAAAUGAGAACAUUGUGAUCGCCCUGGCAGGCAACAAGCUUGAUCUUGUCACAGAGAGCCCUGAUAAGCGAGCAAUCCAAGAGGCCGAUGCCGAAGCCUAUGCACGUGAAGCGGGUCUCCUUUUCUUCGAAACCUCCGCCAAGUCCUCGACGAAUGUCAAAGAACUAUUCACCGCCAUCGCCAAGAAACUACCUCUUGAUCAGGCCGGUCCUCGGAACAUGCGGACGACCCCUCGACCAGGUGUUGACUUGCGACCAGAGGCCCCUGGAACUCAGGGUGCCGGCGCGUGCAACUGCUAA